AUGACAAGAGGACUCCGAUGUGUAAAAGUCGAGAGAGGCAAACCUGAGACAAAACGGAUAAAAUAUAUGAGUGUAGGCGUGUUAUUGACCUCAUGUAUAAAGACUAGAAAAAAUGAAGACCAGCAAAGAAGUUGUCGGUGUGUGUCAACAACGAAGAGGAACAUGGAAUACAAAAAAAUUUAG